CAAGUUGAUUGGCACAUUUAUCGAAUGCGCUGCUCUGCAAUGCAGAUGAACGCAGAGUCUGCACUCAUGGAAACCGGCCGUGACGCGCCGUAACCUCACAUAACCUAUCAGUCGCGCGGCAUGCGUCUCGGCGACGGUCGUCGUUCCGUCGCACUGGUACACGCGGCUGACUCAAGACAGACUUUCGCGAAGCGAUGACGGACUCCGUCAGCGACGACUCGGUGACGAAGCUGAACACGCAGCUGAACAGGUCGAUGGUGUUGAUGGAGAACGUCGUGGACCCGCCGUCCCCGAACCCGAAACGCAGGUCCAUCACGAUAAACGCGAAGGCGCGGUCGUCUAAAACGGCCGGCAGCCCCGUUAAAUCGCGCAAGAGCAUUCUCAAGAAGUCCGAGAAGCCCGACGGUAACGUGACGAGCGACGACGUCGCGCAACAGUCGAGCAGUAACACUGGCAGAUUGAGCGAGACGCUUGACGGAGCGUCGCCGGCCGCCUCGGCUUUGCCCAGACCGCGCACACUCGUAGAGAUGGCUCAAAGGGAGGCGCUGAACGUGGACAGUAAAUCCGCCACGUUUAGCCUGGAGGACGUGUCGGACAGCGAGGAAUUCUGGAUAAUGGACGUUCCCAGAUCGAUAGAACCGCAGGAGCUUCAUGGCCGGACCAUUGACUUCGGGGAGAAGUCAAAGUUCAGAAUUAAGAGCGAACGGUAUUGUAUAGUCGCGCAUAACGCGAGCCACAGUGUCACGUGCGUUUUGAACUCGACGAAGGAUGCCCUGAAAUACAAGACUGUAAACAUCAAGCCAGCUGGUUUCUUGUCGGUAAGGAGAAAACUGACGGGAGCGCCGGAAGUAAAGCCGGUGUCGACAGAUAACGCCGGCGUGCAAUUCCCUGACAAUUUGAAAACGAGGCAUCCACUGUUCGGCGUCAUUCGUGAGCGUAAGAGGAGAUCGAGGAAGCAUAGCUGUAAAACGUAACUUAUUACAACUCGGGGCAUUCUAGGCGUUAUACGUACGAUUUGAAUACGACUCGAGUUUAGUUUAGCUCGAGUGACUAGAGUAAGGAAUUUUGUGCCAGAAUUUCUCAAGAGAUUCUACAAAUUUUCGCCUCACGCAUACUAAACUGAGCGAUGCGCACUUUUAAUGGAAGAAAUGUACAAAUAUAAAUGGUAAUAUAAGAACGUUUGCAUAAUCUCAUGAAAA